CCUCGCAUCGUCGAAUGCACCGCCACGACCAUGGCCCCCAACUUUUGCAAGACUCUACUUAUUUCAGCUGAACUGCUGCUUUCCUCCCCUUGACCAGCUCCUAGAGCCCCGCCGACAGUAUUGUUAAAUUCAUUCCCUUCCUCCUGCCCUAUCCUUCCCACUGCCUGCGAAUUCGCCUUGAAGCGCCUCGUCUCCCAGUCAGCCUCACGCUACCCCGCAGUCUUGCGGAAUACUACAACGACCGAUCAGCCUGGACGAAAGACCAGUUGGACAACAAACCCUCGCGCUCACUUCUGUCAGCACUAUUCGCAGUCGAACGCUCCCGUAGUUGUCUUCUGGCGGGCGGUUUCCUCCUUCGAAAUCACUUGCAACACGACGGCAAGGUGCGCAGGCACGUCCUGACCAGCUGCAACCAUGAGUUUCAACUCCAUGUUGAACAAGCUCCAAGGCCAGCCCGAUAGCUACGAUAAGAAGUCACAGUACCGCUUUGGAAAGACGCUCGGAGCAGGAACAUACGGUAUCGUACGAGAAGCCGAGUGCAAUGGGGAAAAGUGCGCCGUCAAGAUCAUCCUCAAAAAGAGCGUCAAGGGCAACGAACAAAUGGUCUACGAUGAGUUGAGGAUGUUACAGACACUCAGCCAUCCUCACAUUGUCAAGUUUGUGGAUUGGUUCGAGUCAAGAGACAAGUUCUACAUCGUAACUCAACUAGCCACUGGCGGCGAACUUUUCGACCGAAUUUGUGAUAAGGGAAAAUUCACCGAAAAGGACGCUUCUCAGACCAUCAGACAAGUGCUCGAAGCUGUUGACUACCUACAUGGGAAGAAUAUUGUUCACCGAGAUCUCAAACCAGAAAACCUCCUCUACUUGACCAGAGAUCCUGAUUCUCAGUUGGUGCUUGCCGACUUCGGCAUUGCCAAAACGCUCGAUGGACCCAGUGCAGUCCUGACUUCAAUGGCUGGCUCAUUUGGUUACGCAGCCCCUGAGGUCAUGCUGAAACAGGGUCACGGUAAAGCAGUCGACAUGUGGUCUCUUGGAGUCAUCACAUACACUCUUCUCUGCGGGUACUCACCAUUCCGAUCUGAGAACUUGGCCGACCUCGUCGAGGAAUGUAAGAGUGGCCGCAUCAUUUUCCACGAGAGAUACUGGAAGGACGUCAGCAAAGACGCCAAAGGAUUCAUCAUGAACCUUCUUCAACCGGACCCGAAGAGACGUGUCUCUAGUUCAGAAGCACUCAAGCACAUCUGGUUGACUGGUGAGACUGCUUCGGAGCACGAUCUCCUUCCAGAGAUUAGAUCGUACCUGGCGAAGAUGAAGCUGAAGCGUGGAAUCGAGCUCGUCAAACUGGCCAACCGUAUCGAUGCGCUCAAGGUACAAGAGGACGAAGAACCAGGAUCGCCUGACGCGAACGACAUACCAGCGAAUGCGCAGAACGCUGCUGGAUUGGCCGUCAAGAAUCAAAUCAGAGGCGUCUCGCCCGGUCGUGGGCUCUCAACAAACGAAUCUCCCGAGAAGAGAUCGAUGAGUAAAGCGGCAAAGAGUGCCAUUUUCCGAGAAGUGGUGCUCGCCAAGGUUAGAGAGAUGAAGGACAAGGAGAAGACCGACAAAUUGGUUGCAGAGGUCACCAAGGAGCACGAACGUAGGAAGAGCUUUACUGGGCAGAGAUGAUUGCAUCGAACCGAGUCGAAUAAGCAGUGCUUUUGAUGAAUGGUGCACAGAGAGGCGCCGAAGAAAAUUGUUGGUACAGCAGUACUAUUAACCCAGAUUACGAUACCCUUAUUCAGGCCGGGAUGCUGAUGAUGCGUAUGGAUUGCUGUUAUUCCCACCCAUGACGCGAGUUCGGAUCGUGGUGAGUUAUGAGACAGGGAUAGGGAUUGGGAUUGGGAUCGAUCCUUUUAGCUUUAGGCCAAAAUGCAGGUAUGCCUAGCCUACAAUGACAAUCCGUUACCGGAGAAAAA